UCGUUGUACAGAGACAACAUGGGCAAGCUACUCAUCUGCGUCGGACUGGCACUCCUGCUGCACGUGCAGCUAGGAUCAUCCUACAUCCUCUCCUGUUAUUUCACCAACUGGGGACAGUACCGUCCCGGAGCAGGCAAGUAUUUCCCCACCAACAUUGACCCAUGUCUCUGUGACCACCUCAUCUAUGCCUUCGCUGGAAUGGACAGCAACAUGAUCAAGACCUAUGAGUGGGACGAUGAGAAACUCUAUGGACAGUUCCAGGCUCUGAAGAACCAAAACAGCAACCUGAAGACACUGCUGGCCAUCGGAGGCUGGAACUUUGGUACUCAGAAGUUUACAGCCAUGGUUUCCUCCCCUGCCAAUCGUCAGACCUUCAUCACCAGCGUGAUCACAUUCCUGCGUCAGUAUGAGUUUGAUGGUCUGGAUAUUGACUGGGAGUACCCCGGCUCUCGUGGCUCCCCACCUCAGGAUAAGGAGCGCUACACUGUUCUGGUCCAGGAACUGAUGAGCGCCUUUGAGGCUGAGGGCAAGAAGACCAACCGUCCCCGUCUGAUGCUGACUGCUGCUGUCUCUGCUGGAAAGGGAACCAUUGACUCUGGAUACCAGAUUGCUCAGAUUGGCGCUGUGCUGGACUACUUCCACGUCAUGACCUAUGACUUCCAUGGUUCUUGGGAGCACAAUGUUGGAGAGAACAGCCCUCUGUUCAAAGGACCCGCUGACCAGGGAGCCAUGGUCUACUUCAAUGUGGACUAUGCCAUGAACUACUGGAAGAGCAACGGUGCCCCAGCUGAGAAGCUGCUGGUUGGUUUCCCCACCUAUGGCCACACCUUCCGUCUGGCUUCCUCCAACACAGCUGUGGGAGCUCCUGCCAGUGGACCUGGACCUGCUGGAACUUUCACUCGUCAGGCUGGUUUCUGGGCCUACUAUGAGAUCUGCUCUUUCCUGAAGCAGGGAGCCACUCAGGCCUGGGACAGCACCCAGGAUGUGCCAUAUGCCUACAACCAGGGAACCUGGGUUGGAUAUGACAAUGUGAAGAGCUUCCAAAUCAAGAUUCAGUGGCUGAAGCAGAGCGGUUUCGGUGGAGCCAUGGUGUGGAGUCUGGAUCUUGAUGAUUUCAGUGGCACUUUCUGUGGCCAGGGAAGAUACCCUCUGAUCAACACCAUCAAGAGUGGACUGGGAACUGGAGCCUCUUGUGCCUCUCGUUCUAACCCCCUGCCUCCAGUCACACCAACCCAGCACGCUCAGCCCCAGCCCGGUGGUGGCGGAAGCAGUGGUGGCAGCAGUGGCGGCAGCAGUAGCGGUGGCAGCAGCAGCGGAGGAUCUGGCUUCUGUGCUGGAAAAUCCAAUGGACUCUACCCUGAUGCAACCAACAAGAACCACUUCUAUGAGUGCAGCCAAGGAAAGACCUAUGACCAGCACUGUGCUGUCGGCCUGGUGUUCGAUAACAGCUGCAAGUGCUGCAACUGGGCUUAAAUCAUCCACGGAGGAACUGCAUGUUGUUGGGUUAACAUCUGGGUCAAUAAUCAUGUAACAUAUGACCAUCCAAGUAAGGCCUAUUCAGGAACAGCUGUGUAACACCUGGCUCAUAAAACCUGAAUAAAUAUGACAUUUAAAGCAA